CAACUUGAGCAGACUUGUGAUGCUGCUACACAGCGCCUCUAGGGCCGUGCACGCGUCUACACAAGAGGAGAGAAAGCGAGAGAGAGGUGGGAGCUCAGAAACAGAGCGCACUCGUUGUACGUGGAGUACCAUGACAGCCCGGAGUGGCGGCAGGAGUUAGAAGAGACGUAAAAGACUGAGUGUUAAACCUUCAGCUGCAGCGGAAACCCGGAAAACACCACGACGGAAACAUGCUGUUUGACAGAGAUUCACGUGUGCAUUUGCAAACACCGUCAGGGAGUUCACACGUUCCUGUGCGUCGAGAAAGAGGCGAUGUUUAGGCGCAGGCGAGCAGCAGAGCCCUACGGAGUGUGGAUGUGUGUUUCCUAGCCUGUCAAAUGAACGAGGACAAAUUUCUGAAUCAGGAGACAAAACGACCGGGAGCGCCGCGAAUGUAGUCUCUAAAGGACAGCGACACACUGCGCCUGCCAGUGUCUCCCCGCGGCCAUCCUAUUGUGUGCUUGGGUCCUCGCGGUGCUGUGUGGCUAAAAAGUAUAUGAAGAUGCAGGUGAAGCAGCAAGGGGACUCGGACCGGAGCAGCGGCGACAUGGAAGUAAACAGUCUCCGCAAAAAUCCUUCGUGCUUCUCGAAUAUCAAGAUAUUCUUGAUAGCGGAAUGUGCCCUGAUGUUGGCGCAGGGCACCGUCGGAGCAUACCUGUUGAGUGUGCUGACCACCCUGGAGCGACGGUUCAACCUGCAAAGCGCUGACGUUGGAGUGAUAGCCAGCAGCUUUGAAAUAGGCAACCUGGCAUUGAUCCUGUUUGUCAGCUACUUUGGGGCUAAAGCGCACCGGCCCCGCCUGAUAGGCUGUGGGGGCAUUGUCAUGGCACUUGGCGCCCUUCUCUCAGCUCUCCCAGAGUUUCUAACAAAUCAGUAUGAGAUUGGGGAAACGUGGAGGACUGAUGUGGGUCGGGAUGUUUGCGCCAACACCAGCAGCAGGGACCAACAUGCUGAGGACACUGUAUGCGCCAACAAGCCGAACACCAACAUGAUGUACCUGCUGCUGAUCGGAGCCCAGGUCCUGCUGGGGAUUGGAGCCACGCCGGUGCAGCCUCUAGGGGUGUCCUACAUCGAUGAUCAUGUGAAGAAGAAAGACUCCUCACUCUAUAUAGGAAUCGUCUUUUCCACAAUGGUGUUUGGGCCGGCCUGUGGCUUCAUCCUUGGCUCCCUCUGCACUAAAUUCUAUGUGGACGCUAUCUUCAUUGACACCACUAAGCUGGGCAUCACUCCAGACAACCCACGGUGGAUUGGGGCCUGGUGGGCAGGCUUCCUCCUGUGCGGUGCCUUACUCUUUAGCUCAGCAGUCUUGAUGUUUGGCUUCCCUCAGUCACUGCCAACCAGGGAGAAAGAGGAUGGGGGAGACAGCGAGCAGGCUAUGCUUCCUCCCUCUCUCAGUUCAGAGUAUGAAACAUCAAAGCCCAGCAAUGGGGUUGUACGCAACCUCGAGCCUGCCAACAGCCCCACCUGCUGUCAGCAACUCAGGGUGAUUCCCAAGGUGACCAAGCACCUUCUGUCGAACCCAGUGUUCACCUGCAUCAUCCUGGCAGCCUGUAUGGAGAUCGCUGUCGUGGCUGGCUUUGCAGCCUUUCUGGCGAAAUACCUCGAGCAGCAAUUCAACCUCACCACCACCUCAGCAAACCAACUGCUAGGUAUGACAGCCAUUCCAUGUGCCUGUCUGGGGAUCUUCAUGGGUGGUCUGCUGGUGAAAAAGCUGAACCUGUCUGCUCUGGGAGCGAUCCGCAUGGCCAUGCUGGUCAACCUGAUCUCGACUGCCUGCUUUGUUUCCUUGCUGUUCCUGGGCUGCGACACGGGUCCCGUCGCAGGAGUGACAGUCGCGUACAACAACAAAACACUGCAGGUGGGCAAGACACCAGAAGCUCAGUGCAUCCGUAACUGCAAUUGCUUAACUUCCUCCAUCAGCCCGGUCUGCGGCUCCAACAGUAUCACCUACCUGUCCGGCUGCUUCGCUGGUUGCGCUGGAACAGGAAGCCCUCAGACCAUGUCAAACAUCUCUCAGAACCUGACAGCAUGUGCUUGUAUAUCUGCCGAGAAUGAACUCGCCACAGCUGUUUCAGGAAAAUGUCCGAUGCCCAGAUGCCAGGAGAUUUUCCUCAUCUUCCUGUGUGUGAUCUGUGUCUGCAGCCUCGUCGGAGCCAUGGCCCAGACUCCCUCUGUCAUCAUCCUAAUCAGGACUGUGAGCCCUGAGCUAAAGUCAUACGCACUUGGAGUGUUGUUUCUUUUACUACGACUCCUCGGAUUCAUCCCUCCUCCUCUAAUCUUUGGUGCUGGGAUCGACUCUACUUGCCUUUUCUGGAGUUCAGAGUGCGGCAGUAGAGGUGCCUGCCUGCUGUACGACAACGUAGCUUACAGGCAUCUGUACGUGAGCCUUGCCAUCAUCCUCAAGGGUGUUGCCUUCCUCCUCUACACCACCACGUGGUAUUGCUUACGCAGGAACUACAAGAAGUACAUCAUGGGACAUGAGGGCCAUAUGACACAGACUGAGUUUUACCCCUCUCUCACAGAGGGCCCAAAACUAGCUGACCGGACAAAGUUUGUAUAUAACCUAGAGGACCAUGAGUUUUGUGAAAAUAUGGAGUCCGUUUUAUAGUUUGUAAUGCAAGAAAAGGACAGUGUGGACAUUCGUAUUCUCUCAACGGAAUAUUUUAAGAUUUCAUUCUUUUUCCUGAAAGGAUGAAACGGAGUGUUUUUGAUAAAGGUGAUCUAUUUAAAGUCCUGUCACUCCACAUCCUUGUUAAACUAAAGGGUCCAUUAUAGGUAUUUACCUAUCAGCGAGGUGUUAUCCAGUGUUGCCGUGUGACUUCCUGUCUUGACUUGGUGUUACAGUACUGUCUGGCUCAGUCCUAGCUGGGCACGAUGCUAGAACUACAACGACAACUAUAGUUGCCAUAUUGUUUUAGGCCUGUCAUGAUUCCAGUGGUCUGUGUGAACAAUGGCGGGUUCCUUUUGGCCAGUGCACUGUGCGUUCUGUCAGUCUCUCAAAAUAAGACUUUGAUAAUAAUAAAAAAGUUUGGCCGGUUCUUCGGUUAUUCAUAUUUAAAAGUUGCCGAGUGUUUACAAACUAAUAGUUCAUCAGUUAAUGCAUUUUAUUUCAAUGCAGGAAGGUUUCUUUUAAAAGGAGAACACAAACACCUUAUUGUAGCGGCCUAUUAGAUGCUUUAACUUUCAAAAAAAAUGUAAUCCAGUAGCUUUAAAUAAGAUAGUGUUUCACAUCAUCAUGCACUUUUCAGAUACUCGUUCUCUUGGUGGAUCUUAGUCACUGUUUCUGAUACUGCUUAGACUAGACUGUGAAGUCUUGUCCCCUCAGUGCAAAUGUGCAAUUCAUGUCUGAUAGGUUUCACCAGCCUUGUGUCAGACUCCAGGUUUGUUCAUUGUAGCAGUUCGUUUCAUUUCCAUUUUAUAUCUGCAGAGUUUAUUCAGCCCAAUAUACAGUAUGUCUUAAUAUGUUAUCAUUCAAAUAAGAAUAUUAAUUUCAUAUAUAUAUAUAUAAAUUACAGUAUUUUGCCUUUUGCAUUUAGUGGAAGAGCAAAAAAAUAACUAAAAAAGAGUAAUAUUUUGUGUUUUGACAUUCAAAAAAGACAUUAGGAGUAAUAUUUUCUUUUCUUAGGCCCAGAAAAUUUCAUUAGAUUGUGUUUAGAAGGACAGUGUACAUUAUAUAUACAGUAAUGAAAAUGUCUCAGAUGUAUCUGAUGUCACACAAGAUUUGGGACAAAUCAUAAAAACAACCUAAUAUGUCGCAUCAUUUGGGCAAAAGACACAUACAGUCUUUUGUCUUGGGGCUAGAGCUGCCAUAUUUGGGAUAAAGGUGUAUGUUACAGGAGUGCAAGGUCAGACAAAGUGAACAACACUGAAUUUAUUAGUGAACAUGGUUUUGAAGAACCCCUUAACGCAGCCCAGCAAGUUGUUCUUCUGAUCUCUCUGCAGGCACAGUUUUGACAUUGUCCCGUUUCUUAACAUUUUUGUAUGGCAACAUAUCAUUUAUUUUACUCCUGAAAUAAAUGUUUUUUUCAUA